AUGUCAACUAAAGACUCAAAAGAUGUUAAAGCACUGCCUAGUAAAUCAAAAGAUUCUAAUCUACCGACAACUAAAACAGAGCCACAAACAAAACAAGAAGGUGCUGUAGUCAAGAAAGACCCAUCUACAUCCAAAGAAGCCAAUGCAUCAUCUUCACCAUCAACAACAACAUCAACAACGACAACGACGACAACAACAAAGAAUACUGAAAAGUAUGAUGAACUAAGGAAGAAACUAGUACAACAAAUUCUUAAAAAACAAGAAUUAUCUAAGAAACUUUCAAAUUUAGAAGAUACUAUAUAUCAAAAAGAAGUUGAAUAUUUUGAAGAUAGUCCAUUAGGUAAUAUUAUUAAAGGAUUUGAAAAUAUUACUAAAACAAGUGGUGGUAGUGGUAAUUCUAAUAAAAGAAGAGUUGUUUAUACUGAUGAUGAUCAUAUUUUCAGUUUAAGUUCAGUUAAUUAUAUCAAACAAAUGUUGAAAAAACAAGGUCAAAGUAUAAAUGGAACUUCAACUACAACAAAAGAUGAUUUUGAUGAUUAUGAAGAUUCGGUUGAUCCAGCUACAGCAGGUUUAGAAAAAAAAGCUAAUAGUAUAGAAAGAUCAGAAACUCCAAGUAGUGGAGGGACAUCAAGUCGUAAAAGAAAAGCAAGGACUUUUGAUGAUAAAUGA